AUGGUAUUUUUUCAGUACUGGUAUUUUUCAACGUUCUCGUCGUUUAUCUGUAGGCGAGCCAGCACCUCUGCUAAAACCAGAGCUUCGAAGAACAAGGUUCGACAAAGCAUUGGUUUGGCGCAAGCUAACCUAGCGAAUGCCGUCGAACUUCUCGACACCCCAACCGUCUCUUCGGCCACCAUCCACGAGGAUCCCACCACCACCACCGCCGAUAUGGAAACGGAGAGCGUGGAAACUGGUCGCGCCGGUGGCAACCGCGAUCGGGAACAGGCUCCUCUCCGGGCUUUUGCCCAAAAAUCCAAGCAGAAAUUGGGAAAACUUCUCCAAUCUUCUGUGGGGUCUCGACGACCCGAAACAGUUGUUCUCCCUGGUGAGCAGCCUCUCGACCAGGAAGCUCUCCCACGCGAACCCUCCUGGCAAGCAAUCUACGACGCUCUUGCGUCAAAUUUGGAUGCCGCUGGCCGAGACCUGUUGAAGACCGAACUUCUUCGAUUGGAGGAGUCCUAUGAACGGGCUUUCCACCAUUUGUGGAGUGAUCUCCGUUCUGGCGCAUCCCGAGUCGUCAUCACCACGCGGUCAGGUCGAUCUUUCGCCGUCGAUGGCCCCGGCAUGAACAACCGUCAGUAA